UGGCUAUAAUUUAUGGUUAUUCAUGUUUUUUUAUCUCAGAUAUUCAAGAUUAAGGCAGUGCAAUUGGCUGAGAAACUCCUUCCUGCCUUUAACACACCUACGGGAUUCCCUGGGCAAUGGUGAAUCUGAAAAGUGGAGUAGGGCGAAACUGGGGCUGGGCAUCUGCAGGUAGCAGUAUUCUGGCUGAAUUUGGCACACUACAUAUGGAAUUUGUUCACCUCAGCUACUUGACAGGGGACAUGGUUUACUACAGAAAGGUCAUGCAUAUUCGGAAACUACUCCAGAAAAUGGAUCGUCCAAAUGGUCUUUAUCCAAAUUAUUUAAACCCAAGAACAGGGCGCUGGGGUCAGUAUCAUACAUCUGUUGGUGGUCUGGGAGACAGUUUUUAUGAGUAUUUACUGAAAGCAUGGUUGAUGUCUGAUAAAACAGACCAUGAGGCGAGAAAGAUGUAUGAUGAUGCUGUUGAGGCGAUAGAAAAACAUCUCAUUAAGAAGUCUCGGGGAGGUCUUAUCUUUAUUGGCGAAUGGAAGAAUGGUCACUUGGAAAAGAAGAUGGGGCAUUUGGCCUGCUUUGCCGGGGGAAUGUUUGCACUAGGAGCAGACGGUUCUAACAAGGAUAAAGCUGGUCAUUAUUUAGAACUAGGAGCAGAAAUUGCACGAACUUGUCAUGAGUCCUAUGACAGAACUGCAUUAAAGCUAGGUCCUGAAUCAUUCAAGUUUGAUGGUGCAGUGGAAGCCGUGGCUGUCCGGCAGGCUGAGAAGUAUUACAUCCUCCGUCCAGAAGUAAUUGAAACCUACUGGUACCUGUGGAGAUUCACUCACGAUCCAAGAUACAGGCAGUGGGGCUGGGAAGCAGCACUGGCUAUUGAGAAGUACUGCCGCGUCAGCGGAGGGUUCUCCGGAGUCAAGGAUGUGUAUGCCCCCACUCCUGCCCAUGACGACGUGCAGCAGAGCUUCUUCCUCGCUGAGACGCUAAAAUAUUUGUAUCUGCUGUUCUCUGGUGAUGACCUUUUACCUUUAGACCACUGGGUGUUUAACACAGAGGCUCACCCUCUGCCUGUGUUACAUUUAGCCAACACCACACUUUCAGGUAAUCCUGCUGUUCGAUGAAAGCAGAUCCAGAAGGACCAUUCUUACCUGUGUUUUGUUUACAUGGACCACUACAGAAAUUUGUCUGGAGAGGUGACUUUUGAAAAACCUGGACCUCUGAGUCAACAUGACAGGGCAAAACUUGACCCUGUAAGAAGACUUUGCAACUUGUAGAUAUAUCAGCUUUGAAAUUAUUCCAUUUUAUACCUGACCAAAACAUGUUCUGGUAUGUGUAGGUCAGAGACCUGAUGUGCUUUGAUUCUUAAUGCAAUGGUCACGUGAGCAAACGAUGCCUACUACUUCUACAUUGUUAGAACAAGCAAAGAAUAUGGAGCACCUUGCAGGAGUUACAGAUGGCCUUUGGAACCAGUUACGUAUUUGUUUCCCCCCCAAGGUGGAACAGCUUUCAAAUCAGAUAUUUACACAUUGUUUAUCCCUUUUCCCCUCCAUUUUAAUAAUGGAAUAAACUAAGAUAAGCAAGAACAAAGGAACAUUGUAACUGCAUCAGAGGUAAGAAGACUUGAAAAAGAAGCAAAAAUGCCUAUCCCUGUUGAUCUCAAGUUUGCAUUGGAUUUACCAGACUGGCAACCAUUUCAGUCCCAAUCUAGUUCAUUGAAGUUCCUUGGUUAAAUUUAAUUUUCUAUGGGGGCAUGAUAUCACAAAGAAUACCCUUCAAGCCUUUGUCUCCACACAGUAUCAUUGAAACUGGUAUUUAUCAUAAUCUCUCCUUAAGAGCCUGGGUUUGGAUUUUGUGCAUGUAGUUCAGUCUAGUGUUGGUAGCAUGACAAAAGUGAGGAAAAUGCCAGUUUGUUGCCUUGAAACCUGUUCUUAGAGAAAUCCUUGGUUUUGAUGGUUGAUUAUAUUUCUUAGCCAACAAAUCUGUCAAGUAAAUUUUAUCUGCUUUAAUCUCAUAAUACAAUUAGUAGCGUCACUCAACUUACAACUUUAUUUAUGAGGCUUGGCAAAAUUCACUGUACUAUUAUGCAGCUGUCAGUUUGCCGUAACAAGCUAAAUUACUUUUAUAACUUAUUAAAGCUAAGUUGAAGACAGUGAAACUUCCUUAAACAUUCUGUCUAGAAUGGGACAGGGGAUUCUUUAUUUAUUAUCUUGUCAGAUAAGCGAGCUGUUCACAAAUGCUUUACAUUUUUUAGUUUCUCUAAGAGUAUUUAUAUACAUCCAAAGAAUCAGAAUAGCUUCAAAACAAUUUUCAGUGACAAAUGCCAUGGUGUAAUUUAUAUUACACUAAAAUUUGAAUAGACCUAAGGGACUUUCUCUGACCAUCAGUAGAUUUUGCACUGAUAUUUCUCUGUUAAGAAAUUACUAUUUCUUUAUAUCUUGGGCAGAAAAAACUUAAAAUUUUAUUAAGAACUAUGAUAUAAGAUCAGUACUAAUGGCUUAUAAAUUUUCUGUCCCUUGGGUUUCUGUAUAAGACAUUUUUUCCUCUUUUCAUUUAAUACAGACAUCUUCUAUUGACAUUAAUAAAACUUGGAAGCAAGUUUAAUUAAUCUAAUGUUUACUUUGUAUUUGAAUAUUUCAUGAAACAAGGUUUGUACAAGGAACCCACUUUGGGAUUCUGAAGGCUUAUUUCCUUAUCUGAUAGCUUUUUAACACACUAUUAGCAUGUAGAAAAAAAUUAAUAAAUUAAUAUAAUUAAACAUUUUCUAAGGGUGAUCAUCUUACACCACAAAUCAUCAAAUGACCAUGAAUGAUAGCCACCCCCAAAUUAUUCAGUAUAUGUAGAAAAUAAGGAUAUAGAGCUAGUUGUACCAAGUUCUUAAGAAGGCUAAAUUUUAGCACGUAUUCUGACAUUGUAAUCUUUUACUACUUGAAAAUUAAAAGUUUUUAAAUUAGAAGAGUACGUGACUAUGACUUUGGAAGGGAAAGGGAAAAUAUUUGGUUCUCAGAAAAAAGUAAGCUUUCCUCCUAAAAAUAGCACAAGCCCACUUGUGAGUUACUUUAUUUAAAAAAAAAAUGAAAAAUUUGAGUUGGCAAAGACCCAGAGCAGCUGUAUAGAUGGUAAGGAGAGGGUCUCUCACUUUUUUCAGAAGAAUGAAGAGUUGAAGGGGUCAUCUCAGCUCCCCACCCUGAAGUACUCUGUGUUAGUGAGUGAGAGCUUUAGAGAAGUCAGGGAAGUGUAUAGCUCAGCCAGUUCUGGUGCAAAGAAAGGUUUGAGGGGGGCCAAGGAAGGGUCUUCUUUACCACUCCCUACCUUCUUUGUGGUGACAAGAACUGGAGCUUAUAACAGUGCAUUUUCUUCUCUGAAUACCAAAGGCAAUUAAAAGUCAGGUGCAAAUGACUUGCCAGUGUCAUGUUUUGUUUUUGUUACAUAUCUGUAAAAUAAUUUCCUCCAAGACCAGUCCUUAUCCCAUAUUUUGCUUAUUUUUCAAGAGUGCUCUUUACUUUCUUCUGUCCUCUUUGCCUGUUGUAUUUUGUAGAUCUCAUUACUCAGGUUCAAUACUCAAUUGCACUUAAAAACUCUUUGCAAAGAACCCAGAAAUGCUUCUUUCCAGGUGCCUCCUCAGAGAGCUGACACUUUACCUUCUGCAUUUGGUACAGUUGUACAGAAUAGAGAGAUCAUUUGGUAAAUAAAAGAAGGAAAAUAGGAAUGUUGAACAGCCUUCCACUUUCUACACUGUUUUCUCUUCAUUUUAGAGUCCUGCUUUUUGAUUCAAACCAGAUUUUUAAAAAUUAUUUAACCAAUAUGAAAUUGUUAAAACCAAGAGAAUGAGGCCCUAACCCAAAGAAAGUCUCAGUGCAGAAAAAUAAGUCCCCAGUCAGAGGGUUCUUACAUGCUGGUGGAUUGCACACUUUUUUCCCUCUAACACCAACUUAUUCCUGUCUUUGAGUAGAUAUGUAUAUGUAAAAGAAAAACCUAAAUAUUGAAGGAAUGCAUUCUUUCAGUGAAGUAUCAUCCCUGAUUUUGUGUGAUGCUGUGUAGAGCAUCCGAGGGUUUUACUUGGUAUUUUUUAACUGAGCAGUUUGAAUCUUGACCAUCAGCGUCUCAUACUCUCCAGUCUCCAUUGCCAAAGUCUUUUUCAGGACUCCAAAUUUGUUGGUAAAAGAUUGUGCUUGCCAUUCUUUUUAAAACAGUUUCUCUUAAGCUGGAUUUCUUUGAAUGAGUGAGAGAAUGAAUGAACAAACAUUUCUGGAGUAUGAAUGUGUGCUGAGCAUCGUGCCUGAGAACAUUUUCUGUGGCUCUAAUCACAUUUCUGGAUUAGAAUAGUUCAUACCAUUCUAGAUGUUUUCCAAAAUGAAUCAUGUUACAAAAUCCUUAACUUUAUAUUUCAUUUAAAUUAAAA